AUGUUGUGACGUCACCAAAGCUGGUGCGACGACGAAACUGACGUGGCAAAAGAGAAAAAUUUAUAUUUUAACACCAAACGUUGAUUUGUAUACAUUUAUUUUUUGACAGAAGUUUGAGGGACAAUUUAACCUUUGCCCUUGUCAAAAUUUCAUCAUGGGGUUGGCGAUUUCGUCUGUUUUUACUCGCCUAUUUGGCAAGAAACAAAUGAGAAUUUUGAUGGUUGGUCUUGAUGCAGCUGGUAAAACUACUAUUUUAUAUAAAUUAAAAUUAGGUGAAAUUGUAACUACAAUUCCUACUAUUGGGUUCAAUGUUGAAACAGUUGAAUACAAAAACAUCGGGUUCACAGUGUGGGAUGUGGGAGGACAAGAUAAAAUCCGACCAUUAUGGAGACAUUACUUUCAGAAUACCCAGGGUUUGAUAUUUGUUGUUGACAGUAACGACAGGGAAAGAAUUAACGAAGCUCGGGAAGAAUUAGAAAAAAUGUUAUCAGAAGAUGAACUACGAGAUGCUAUAUUAAUAGUUUUUGCUAAUAAACAAGAUUUACCUAAUGCCAUGCCAGUGUCUGAAAUCACAGAAAAACUAGGUUUAAAUAGACUAAGCUCUAGAAAGUGGUAUAUUCAAACAGCGUGUGCUACACAAGGAACUGGUUUAUAUGAAGGUUUAGACUGGUUAUCCACAGCUUUAGAGAAAGCCUAGAUUAUCCAGUGACUUUCUAAAUGUAUUUAUGUGUUUUGGGUCUGUUGAAUCUUGUGUGGCCAAAAAUCAUCUCAACAUCAUCUAACAAUUGCCACAAACUUAAGAAAAAUAUUGCCUCCACAUUAAAAUGUGGGCGCUUAUAAGAUGAUGUGAGUUACCUCCCUGGAAAAUAAAGUAUAAUCAUCAUGCUCAUUCCUGCCAUUCCAAAGUCCAAAGUUUGAACAGAUAAAGUUAUCCACAGGUGUAGUCAGAAUUAUCUCUUUGCUCCAACUAUUAUGCCAGAUUUGUACCUCUCUCUUAUUAAAAUAGAAGUACUGUCUGCUGGAAAAACAGAUCGCAGGUACUAUUUGGAUUUUGAAAGAUUCAGUUUUAAGGUUGAAGUUCAAAUUUAAAUGUGCUGAUAAAAAGAAGAAACCUCAAUUACAACUUGACAACUUUCUGUUAUAUUCUACCAACAUGGCAGGUCAAUGCGGGAACAAUUUAAAAGAUUCAACGAGACCAUACAAACACGACGUUGUUAAUAUAUCUUUUUGGGAUUGAAGAUGUCUGGGGAUUAGAAUUUCAUCUGGGAUAAGAAUUGUAAAUUUGUAUGUUUUAUGUUCUGAUUUGUGUAUAAUAUUUUCAUUCCUUAUUAUUUCUAUAAUUUAUGUUAUUGUAUAAACAUGGAAUUUGAUGUUUCUGUCCUGGCUGUAUUUAUGUACGGUUGAAUAUAGGUAAACAUAUUAUGGGGCAAGGAACAGUGGCCCAGACUAUAACCCUGUGUUUUAUGCCUUAUUCUUCUAAUUUUGGAAGUUUAUAAGCAAAAAAAUAAUCCUGACCAUAGAGAAAUAAAUUGGCAGUGGUUUAGACCCUUACUUCUAUGCUUUUGGAAACUAAUAUUUGCUGGUCAGUCUUUUGUCACACUUCUAGAAAGAAAAGUUUCAUUCACUGAAUUAGUAAGUUAAGCUAAAAGCACAGCAUCAGUAAAGUUAAUAACAGCUAGUUGGGGUUUACUAAUUUCACUGAUUGCGAUUCCUGUCUUCGAACAGUUGUUCACUGCACCAUUAAAUCAUCUCUCAUAAUUAUUUAUUAAGAGUUAUUGCCCUUGAUUUUGAAAUGGAAAGAUAACUCAUUAGAUGUUUGUUGCUUUUAUUUCCAUCCUUACUGAAAAUCUCACAUUAAAUUUUGAGUGUCUUUGCAGACAUUAUUCUCAUAGUCAUGUUAUUUUAGACAAGGGCAGUAACUCUGGGAUUCCCUAGCUGUAAAAUUGCUUAUUUAAACCGGUUAUGGCUAACAACCUUUGAUAAAAAACGUGUGAAAAUUGCCCAUGAUCCCUAAUGUGUAUCUCUCGUGUGAUAUUUCAUUCCAUACAUAGAUUGCUUACUUAUUUCUAAUUUACACAUUUGAUUUUGUAAACUAUUUCUCGAUGAAUGCCUUAUGAUACGUGAAAUUCAAAAUGUUUUUAAGUUUAUUUUGUUGACCUAUAUUCUAAGGUUACAAAAUAUAUAUAUAUACCAACUUUCUUUGUUAACGUUAAGUGGAAGUACAAUUUAAGGAAAAUUAGACUUGUUUUAAUACAACUCAGUUGUAUUUUUGUUGUACAAUCUUUGUUUUGGGAAUUUAUAUGUUGUUUUGUGUGGCUGUUGAUGCACAUUUGAAUGCUAAUGCUUUUAAAGUGGCUAGGGUUUUUUUUGUCUUUUUGAAAGUGAACAAAAUAUUGAAAAUUUGUCUGAAGUCACUAACACUGUUCUGUGUAGAAAAAUGUCUUCAAUUAGGUUUAAUUAUGUGUUUUUAAGAAUUGUAUGUUAUAUAGAAGAGAAUAUAGAUUUCCUUAAUAUUAUUGGAAUGAAGGAAUCUUCAAGUUAUAAUAUUUCUGCCAACAGUUUUCAGGGCAUUAAGUUGAAUGGGAAUCAUAUAAAUCAUUCUGUACAGAUCAUAAAGAAAUAUACUAUAAAUAAUAUAAUUGAAAUAAAGUAUAUCUACACUACCUGGU